AUGCCAGGGUUUUCUUCAAGAAGCGAGCGCGUUUCUCCAGCAACAAACGAAGCCAAUCCUUCUAGAGCAUUUAGUUCGCAUCCCUUCCCUUCCUUAGAAGGUGUCCAAGACUCUCUACUCCGACCGGGAAGCUUGUUCCUAGCGAAGGCUGCCGGCAAAUGCUAUGCAGGGCGAGACUAUGCAGGUCGCUGCAAGAAGACGGAGCACACCAACCAUUAG